AUGGCGGUGCGGAAGAAAGACGGCGGCCCGAACGUAAAAUAUUUCGAAACGUCUGAUACCGUCUCGCAAUUCGACAAUGUCCGCGUUUGGUUGGGCAAGAAUUAUAAAAAGUACAUCCAGGCGGAGCCCCCCACCAACAAGUCUCUGUCCAGCCUGGUGGUCCAGCUACUGCAGUUUCAGGAGGAGGUGUUCGGACGACAUGUCAGCAACCCACCUCUCACCAGGCUGCCGAUGAAGAGUUUCCUGGACUUUAAGUCUGGUGGGGCUCUCUGCCACAUUCUGGCAGCAGCCUACAAGUUCAAGAGUGAUCAGGGCUGGCGCAGGUUUGACUUUCAGAAUCCUUCUCGGAUGGACCGCAAUGUGGAGAUGUUCAUGACUAUCGAGAAAUCCCUGGUACAGAACAACUGUCUGAGUCGACCAGUGAUCUACCUGAGCUCUGACAUUGAGGCCAAGCUGCUGGGGAAACUGAAGGACAUAAUCAAGAGGCACCAGGGCUCAGUGACUGAAGACAAGACAUGCAGCUCCCAUGUGGUGGUUCCCAUCCCUGCCAGUCUUGAGGAGGAGGAGUGGGUGCGUCCGGUGAUGAAGAGAGACAAGCAGGUGCUGCUCCACUGGGGAUACUCUCCUGACAGCUAUGACACCUGGAUCUCAGCCAGUGAGGUGGAGGCAGCUGUGGAAGAUCCGCCCAGCCCAGAGAAACCCAGGAAGGUCCAUGCCAAGUGGAUCCUGGACCUGGACCAGUUUAAUGAGUGGAUGAAUGAGGAGGACUAUGAGGUCGGAGAGGGGGGCCCCAAGAGGAAGAGGAUCUCAGCCAAGACCCUGACGGACGAGGUGACCACCCCAGGGGACGAGCGCCGGGACAAGAAGCCCGGCAGCGCCAAGAAGAGGAAGCGCUCACCCUCCCCCUCGCCCACUCCAACAUCCCAGGAGAGCAAGAAGAAGAACACCAAGAAAGGGCCCACCACCCCGUACACUAAGUCUAAGCGAGGCCAGAGAGAGGAGGAGCCAGAGGAUCUGACUAAAGAUCUGGAUGAACCAUCACCUGUACCUGCUGUAGAGGAGGUCACCCUACCUAAGACAGCCAACACUAAGAAAGACUCUGAGUUGACACCAGUGAAAGGAGGUACCAUGACAGACCUGGAUGAGCAAGAGGAUGAAUCCAUGGAAACUGCAGAAAAGGAGGAGGAGGAGGGCUCUCCGAGUGUGAAAGGAGAGCCAGUGAAAGGGUCGGACCUCCAUGAGGACAACGUGACUGAGCAGACCCACCACAUCAUCAUUCCCAGCUACGCUGCCUGGUUUGACUAUAACAGUGUCCAUGCUAUUGAGCGCAGAGCCCUCCCAGAGUUUUUCAAUGGCAAGAACAAAUCCAAAACCCCUGAGAUUUACCUGGCCUACAGGAACUUCAUGAUUGACACGUACAGGCUGAACCCGCAGGAGUACCUCACCUCCACCGCUUGUCGUAGGAACCUGGCCGGAGACGUGUGUGCCAUCAUGAGGGUGCAUGCAUUCUUGGAGCAGUGGGGUCUGAUCAACUACCAGGUGGACUCAGAGAGCCGGCCCACCCCCAUGGGCCCCCCGCCCACCUCCCACUUCCACGUCCUGGCUGACACCCCUUCCAGCCUGGUGCCCCUGCAGCCCAAGGCAUCUCAGACUCCGGCAGCCCAGCAGAUUCUGUCAUUCCCAGAUAAGGUGAAGGAAAAGCAGCCAGUCGACCUGCAGAACUUUGGCCUGAGGACAGACAUGUACAGCAAGAAGACUGGGCCUCCUAAGAGUAAGACUGCUGCCAAUGCCAUGCGAGACUGGACCGAACAGGAGACACUACUGCUGCUAGAGGGUCUGGAGAUGUACAAGGAUGACUGGAACAAGGUGUCAGAGCACGUGGGCUCACGUACCCAGGACGAGUGUAUCCUGCACUUCCUGCGUCUGCCCAUUGAGGACCCAUACCUGGAGGACAUGUCCUCGUCCCUGGGCCCCCUGGCCUACCAGCCCGUCCCCUUCAGCCAGGCAGGCAACCCCGUCAUGAGCACCGUGGCCUUCCUGGCCUCCGUGGUGGACCCCCGCGUGGCCUCCGCAGCCGCCAAGUCUGCCCUGGAGGAGUUUUCCCGUAUGAAGGAGGAGGUCCCAGCAGCACUGGUGGAGGCCCAUGUGAGGAGGGUGGAGGAGGCGGCGCGGGCCAGUGGCAGACAGGACCCCCUCUACGGCCUGGAGGGCAGCGGCAUUGCAGGCACCAGCCUGGAGGAAGGAGACAAACCUGAAGAGAGCAGUGAGGAGAGUAAGAGUGACAGCCAAUCCAGUGAGGAGAAGAGGGAGACCAAGGAGAAUAAAGAUGGAGCCAUGGAAGAGGAUGAGAAGCAAGGAGAAAACGGGAAGAAGGAGGAGGAGAGAGGGAGAGAGGGAGAAGGAGAGAGAGACCGAGAGUCUGAGAAGACAGAGACAGAGAUGGGUGAGAGAGAGAAGGAGAAGGAAGGGAAGGAGGCCUUGGAGGAGGGCCAGAGAGAAGGAGAGAGCGAGGGCGAAAGGAAGGCGAAGGUGGAACGGGAUGUGGGAGAGGGGAACCUGGCUACCGCUGCUGCCUCUGCUCUGGCUGCUGCUGCCGUCAAAGCCAAGCACCUGGCUGCGGUGGAGGAGAGAAAGAUCAAGUCUCUGGUGGCUCUGCUGGUGGAGACUCAGAUGAAGAAGCUGGAGAUCAAACUGAGACACUUUGAAGAGCUGGAGACUAUCAUGGACCGAGAGAGGGAGGCUUUGGAGUACCAGAGGCAGCAGCUGCUGGCAGACCGUCAGUCGUUCCACAUGGAGCAGUUGAAGUAUGCAGAGAUGAGGGCGCGUCAGCAGCACUUCCAACAGAUCCAGCACCAGCAGCAUAGCCAGACUGGAGGCCCACCCCGCCCCGGCUCCCACGGGCCCCCACCACAGGGCCCCUCAGCCACCCAGUCCCAGCCGGCCCCCAGUAUCCCUGCACCACAACCAGCUCCCAGCCCAGCACCCUCUGCCUCCUCCGUCCCCAUGACUGGCCCUUCCUCUGCCCAGGCCCAGCCCACUGAGCCCCAGCCGACCCCCAGUGGUCCUCACUCCUCACCUCCCCGCCCGCCAGGCCACUCCAGCACCAACACCACCCCAACACUCCACGAGUCCAGCGCCCCUGGGGAUACACUCCACUCCUCAACUGCUGCUCCCACUCCACAGUGAAAAGAGAGAAAGAAAGAGAGAGAGGUAGGGAGAGAGAGGAGGGAGAGAGAGGACGGAAGAAGAGAGAGAGGUAGGGAGAGAGAGGUAGGGAGAGAGAGGAGGGAAGAAGAGAGAGAGGUAGGGAGAGAGAGGAGGGAGAGAGAGGAGGGAAAGAGAGAGGGAAGAAGAGAGAGAGACAGGAAAAAGGUCUUGGUAAACUGAAUGACAUUGACCACUUUGUACCUAUGAAUUCUGCCUGUAUCAUCUGAAAAUGAAGAAGUCAAACUGAAGGAGAUACAACAAACUUUGAUCAUUUUUAACAUUUGGACUGGACGAUUGACAUGCGAAAGAAAAACAAAACAAAAACAUUCCCUACCGGAAUGAAUAUUAGGUGGAAACAACCCCCUUAAAAUUACUCCCAACUAAAAAGAAAAUGCAAAUGAAGAGUUUUCAAACGAACAGUCUUCUUUUUACAGACAUAAGUUGCUUAAUUACUUUCACCCUUCACAUCGGACCCAAGGUUAAACCAAGAGAGUAUUGUCAUGUAAAUACGCCACCUGACCUGAGGAUAUGAAGAGAACUAAAGGACUCUUGUCUUAGCAGUCCUCUGAAUAGUGGUGCUUUUGUUUUCUUCUAUAGAGUACUGAGGGUCAGAUGUUCCCAGCCAUGUUCACAGACAUACCUACCUACCUAUUCUCCCAAGGUACCCUAGUAGGUACUUAGAAUUGAAAGAAGAUUUUUUUUUUUUUUUAAGAAAAAAGAUUUGCACUUUGAAAAUAUGUUUCUCCGGCGGCCAUAUCUGAAGACAAAUCAUUAUCAACUAAGGGCUCUAUUCAAUCAGAUCCGCUUUAGACAACAUCCGCAAAAGCUGUUGUUGUGGCUGUGUCAGAGGUGGAACUGCGUUAGAGCUGUCAAAUAACACAAGUGGCUCCUGGCAUUAUACCUAAAGCGUACAUUGCCAUUGGCUGCAUGAAGUAGCAUUAAGGGCUUUAUUCAAUCCGCACCGCGGAAGUCCAGGUUUACACCAUGAUUGAAAUUUAAAGGCAGUGUUCCCGCAUUAGCAGAGACUGUGUUCACGGUAAACACUGCAUAUGUCGGCUCAAUCGGAAAAUACCAUUACAUUUCUAUCCUGGAAUCUGUAACACUUCAGCUUUACAGAUUGAAUAGAGCCCUACAAGAAUACCAUGCAGCGUUGUUUACAAGUUUGAAUUCUGGAAUGUGUGAUGUAAUCUACAACUCGAUUAGGCUGAUAGAAAUCCUCAUUAUUUAGUUGAAUGAUUUUCAAUUUGAGCGUCAUUAUUUCUAUAUAGCCUACAUUUUCUCGUUCUGAACUUGUAAUGUGAGACGGGUAUGACUACCUGACAACGAUCAAGAGUAGCUGCUCACCGAUUUGACAGUUCCACCUCCAACACCGCCAAAACAUCAGCUAUGUGGGUGUCGGCUAUCGCCGCUUAACGCUUGAUCUGAUUGAAUCUAGGCCUAAAUGGACCUGAAGCACAUAACUGUUUUCUUGUUUUUAACUUUUACUAGGAUGUCAUAGUUUCGAAAUAUGAGAUCAUCAAGCUUUGUUGUCCUAUGUUAGUGAAUGUGGCGUUAUAGAGCUUCGGGGUUGGCCUGUUGGUUAGAUGUAUCCUAAACUAAAAAGUAUGUGUGAGGGCAAUGAAAACGAAUGGUAUUACUCUUUGUAAUAAUAUGUAUUCCACUUGAAAACGGUCUCAUCUGGCCCUACUGCCAUUUCAGUUAGUAAGACUAUGUACUGUUAACUGGAUUUUCUGUUUACAAUGCUGACAAAUGAUUCACUGCAAUUUGAAGGGACAAAAUCCCUAUAUGACUGAGCAUUAGAAACCACUUAAAGUAUUGAUGAAAGGCAACAUACUCCCAGAGUUACAGUGCCCCCGAAGACCCACAAGGACCAGGUCACAAUGUUCUAAAAGUCCUCAUUUUAAAGGGACAGUGCAGUCAAAAACUGUAUUUUCCCUGUGUUUUAUGUUUCCACACUGAUGUUGGAAUAAUGCUGUAAAAUUGUGAAAAUUAUGAUAAUGCCCUUUAGUGUAAGAGCUGUUUGAAAAUGUAAUCUUGUUUUGCAAGGGUGGGGUUUUGGACUACAUGGCAACAUCACCAGGCGGUUUAAGUUAAUAGGCCAACAACAAAGAGAGUUUGCCCUCCUCUCUGCCAACAAUAGCUAGUUUUCAGGUUACAUGUCCCUCCCAUUUGGCUCCUUUAAUUAGUCCCCUCACUCAGACCACUUCGACAGUCCUAGCAAAAUUCUUGCUUGAGAAAUUGCUUUUAGCUAAGAAGCUAGUUUUGUUUGUUUUCUAAAAUAAUCAGGUACUUAAUUGUUAUCCAGAAAUGAUUUGAUAUUGAGAUAAAAACAUCUUCAUUGGCCCUUCAACUCUAUUUUGUUUUUGAACAUUCAUAUCUGAAACACUUCUGAAACAGUUGGGCUUUCAUAGAGCAGAUCGUAAUCAUAAGACAAGCAGUAACUAACUACACAGAUAUGAUUUGGAUUCUGUCAGUAUGUCCAGUAUGGCUCGUCAGUAUCAGUCAAUCAUACCAUUGUAAAGAUUAUACUCUAAAGUAAUGACUGGAUGUAGGCUCCAGAAGAACCCUAUUAGCAACUUCAGACAUAAGACAUCACCGUCACAACUCUUCCUUCAUUGAUAAACCAACAUCCUUUUUAAUCAUGUUUGCCAUUUUCUCCAUAUAAGUCAGUGGGGUGUAGCCGGAGUUUUGGAUGUUCGGGAAAUCCAGAUUUUUAUAGUUUGUGUUUUUCCAAUGACAGGUCCAACUCACCUGAAGUGAUUACUAUGUAAUGGAAGUGGCUUUAAUGUUACAAAAGAACUGUGCAAGUCAAGGGAUCUCAAAAGUCACAUCAGUUUAUAGAGAAUUCUGUCCAUUAAUAUUUGUAACAAUAUCUUUAUGUAUCCUAUCUAUUUUUAUAUUUUUUGACUGUCAGGUUUUCCAUCUUGUUUCUUUGAUAUUACUGUUUGCAUCUAAUUGCUGUAUUUUUGUAACCUCUCUCACUGUCAUGUGCGUGGUCCUAAUAGGUCACAAUGACCUGUCAGUCAGUGUGACUGUGAGCAUGGGUGUGAAUGCAUGCCAUGAAGAUCUCUAUCCCCUAAGAGUUCCAUCAGUUCCAUCGCCCCUCCCCCCAGUGUUUGAUAAGGGCUGAGGGAUUGUGAUGCUCAUAGUUUGGUAUGUCUGUAUGAGAACACGCACCAGCACAUCACACACAUUCUGACAGUGUCAUAUAUACUCUGAUGAAACUUGUCCAGAUAGCCAGUGUUAGAAACUUCACUAGUCGUGACCAUGGAUGGACUGCUUUGGUCUCCAUUGUGUGGAUUUCGUGAUAUGAAAUACAUGUCUGUCCAGUUUGUUUUUCAUGAUUGCAUUGAUUACACAGUAGAAAUGAACCUUUCCUCAGUUAAACCGUUACCGAAUUAGUGUCAGUUGCUCUGCAGUUCAUAUAAAAAAAAAAUGGUUUUACUUACAAAAAGUUUUUAAAAACCAUGUAAUAAAUGUGACAUGUGUACAGUUUGGUCAUUGUUGCCAUCUUGACUGUACCAUGGCAAACUUCAAGCUA